GGAACAGGAAGUGAAGGCUCUGUUGUGGAGAAACUCUUCGAGCAGACGGUGCCAGAUCUUCUUCUCCCUCAAAGUGUGAGUCUCCACCAUGGACAACCUGGAGGAGGACCUGACCUGCUCCGUGUGCUACUCUCUGUUCUCCGACCCUCGGGUGCUGGCGUGCUCUCACACCUUCUGUAAGGCCUGCCUGGACAACUUGCUCCGGUCGUCCACCAACUAUUCCAUCUGGCGUCCGCUCCGCCAGCCGCUGAAAUGCCCCAACUGCCGCAGCGUGAUGGAGCUGCCGGUGAACGGCGUGGACGCUCUGCCCACCAACGUGUCGCUCCGGGCCAUCAUCGAGAAAUACCAGAGCGACUGUGAGCCCCGCCCCCCGUCCUGUCCGGAGCACGUCAGGCAGCCUCUGAACAUGUACUGCAUCCAGGACCGCCAGCUGAUCUGCGGGCUGUGCCUGACGGUCGGGCGGCACCAGGGUCAUCCCAUCGACGACCUGCACGCCGCGUUCAUCCGGGAGAAACAGACGCCAUCGUUACUGCUGACCAGUCUCUCUGGGCAGAGAUGGGCCCAGAUGUGUGAGCUGGCGGAGCAGCUGGAGCAGGAGAAGGCUCGCUGUGAGGCUCUGGUGAGGCAGGACCGACAGGACGUGAAUCAGUUCUUUCAGACGCUGAAGACUGUUUUGGCCAAGAAGAGACAAGCGUACCUGGAGGCGCUGGACAAAGCUGGUGCUGAGAUUUCCCGGGCCUACGACCCGCUCAUCCACAGAGUGAAGGAAAUCCAGGAGAAGCAGCUGGACCUGGUGUCUCUGGGCUCGUCGGUGGAGGAGGAGGAGUCGCCGCUGGUCUUCCUGGAGAAGGUGCAUGUGCUCAGAGAGGGGGUGGAAGAGUUCCUGAAGACCCCCCUGCCCUCGGUGAUCAACGUCAGCGUCACCCCCCGCGCCGCCGCCUACCUUCAGCAGCGCUGGCCUGCGGUGACCAUCGGCAGCCUGGAGGAGGCGCCUGUCCCGAAGGUGAGCUGCUGUGGCAGGUGUGGCGGGGGGGAGCCUGAGAGCCCGGUGCCGGAGCUGAGGGGCAAACCCUCCUGGUCUAUGGUGCUGGUGGGGCUGCUGGUGCUGCUGCUGCUGCUGCUGGCGGCGCUGUGGCUGGACCCAGUGGGGGGGGCGUCACUCGGCUUCUCCCUGCUGUCUCGGUUCAGUCAGGUAGUCCACGGCCUGAGCAGCGAGCUGGUCACAUCGGUCUGGGACUCGGCGGCGUCGGGCUGCACGGUUAUGGAGGCGGCUGUGGAGAGGUGGAGCACACAGCUGGCCUCAGUCUGGGAGAAGGCUCUCCAGCAGGUUUGCUGCAUUAUUUAAAACUCUGAAAUCCACUGAAACACCAAAGUGAAACAUGAACCCUUUCACCUUUUUAUUUAGAAACUGAGACAAAUAUCUGAAACAGCUGCUAUUUAUUUUUGUCCUUGACAGUAGGAACAUGGUUGUUUGACUUUGGGCUUUAUUUUGAGACGAAGAUCAACACUGACCCUGAUGUAGCAACACUACAGUGAAUAGACCACAAUGCCUUGCAGGUCCUCUUCCAUUCUUUCAGUUAAUAAUAACCAAAGGAUCAUUAAGUGAACAUCACAAACGUAACUGAAUAUAACUGAAAGCAGAACAAGUCAAAACAAUUUCAUCACAAAAUAUCUUUUAUAACUGUAUUAACCUUCACAUUGACCUUCGGUGUUAAUAUUUAAUCUGAGGGUGCAUUUUAUCCUGUAGCUUCAUAUCAAAGUUUUCCAGGGAUGUGAGUAAUGCUUUUACACUCUAAAGAAAAUGAAUUUAGUUGUAAUGAUUUUAUGAACCAAAUCGUGUUAAUAACAAGUGUUUUGUUCUUUGGGUUCUAUUAUUUUAGAUUUGAAAAACACAGCCUGACUUCUGAACUAUGAAACAAUAAUCCCAACAGACAAAUGUUUAAAAAAAAGCAAACUGGAGCCUUAGAUAUGAAAUUGGUGCCUAGAGACUCUUUAGCCGCCUUCCCAUCAUGCAGUGGGACAUUUCCGUACCGGAGCAGUAUGAGGAACGUGGAUCAUGCUGAGUGGAAGCAGCCGCACAGCGGAUCGGACCUGAAGCCGCCACAGAUCAUGUUGCAGUGAUGCUGAGCGGCUCCCAGUCGGUGCCUUUUACCCAUCAUGCAUUUACCUCAGCCGCACCUGAUAGUUUUAAGUAGUGGGCUGAUUUUUCCAUCAGGCCCAAAACGACUUCCUCAGGACUGAAAUAGCGUAAUGGAACCCGGUCUAUUUUUAAAACAUACGGCCUCGGGGAAAGGCUUCACCAGCACAACUCUGCAUCCCUCCAAUGUAACAGCGUUUAACUCGAGCACACUUUCACUUUCCAUCAAAUGUUGUAUUGUUGUAUUUUUUAUAAACAUUUUCUCUUCCUGUAUUUAAAAUAAAUGUGUUAUGAAUUCUUUAA